AUGUCCGCACCUCCAGUCCCCGCCGGCGCGACCCCUGCCGGGGCCGCCGCCGUCGACUUCAUGGCCCUCAACAAGAAGUACACCGAAGAGAAGGAGAAGCGCCUCCGCGCCGACGGCAACGGCCAGUACGUCGAGCUCGAGAAGGACGAGCGCUUCCGCAAGCUCGCCGAGGACCCAUGGGUCGACCACGCCAAGCUCAACGCGCAACCGCCCAACCUUAAGGACGGCGACGAGGUCAAGGUCGUCAUCCUCGGCGCAGGCUUCGGCGGCCUGCUGUACGCGAUCCGCUUCAUCCAGGCCGGCCUGCGGGCGGAGGACAUCCGCCUCGUCGACGUGGCCGGCGGGUUCGGUGGCACGUGGUACUGGAACCGCUACCCGGGCCUCAUGUGCGACAUUGAGAGCUACACGUACAUGCCGCUGCUCGAGGAGACUGGGUACGUCCCGAAGCACAGGUACUCGUACGGCCCGGAGCUGAUGGCGCACGCCGAGCGGAUGGCCGAGAUGUGGAACCUCACGGACAAGGGUGUGUUCCGGUCGCAGAUUAGGAGCUACGAGUGGGACGACGAGGCGAAGAGGUGGGAUGUCGUGGUUGAGCAGGGCCGCGGGCCCGGCGACGAGCCCGUCACGAUGAAGGUCCGCUCGCAGUUUGUGGUGCUGGCCAAUGGUGUGCUGAACCACCCCAAGUUGGCGAAGAAUCUGGAGGCGUUUGAGGGUGACAUGUUCCACACGGCGAGAUGGAACUAUGGUGUCACCGGCGGGCUGGGCACAGCGCCCGAGAACCCACAGCUCACCGGUCUGGAAGGCAAGCGAGUUGGAAUCAUUGGCACGGGUGCGACGGCUGUUCAAGUUGUGCCGCAGCUCGCCAAGUGGGCGAAGGAGCUUUACGUUUUCCAGAGGACGCCUUCGGCUGUUGAUGAGAGAGGGCAGAGGCCCACCGAUCCGGAGGAGUUCAAGACGAAGAUCGCAACUGGGAGAGGUUGGCAACGCAAGCGCACCGAGAACUUCAAUGAGUGGAUUACUGGAGGCGAGCCGGGAGAGAACCUUGUGAACGACGGCUGGACGACGCUGAAGGCGUACAAGGCCAUUAUUGGCGGACCUCACGACGCUCCGCUGAAGAUGGAGGACAUUCCUGGGCACCUUGGCAACAUGAUGGCUCUCGACACGCCCAGAUCUGAGAGACUUAGACAGCGGGUUGAGUCGAUCGUUGAGGACAAGAAAACGGCUGAGGGCCUGAAGGCGUGGUACCCGGGCUGGUGCAAGCGCCCGACAUUCCACGACGACUAUCUCCCGGCUUUCAACCUUCCUCACGUUCACCUAGUUGACACGGAGGGUAAAGGUGUAGACCACGCGACCAAAGACGGCCUCGUAGUCGGAGGAACAGAGUACCCCCUGGACGUCAUCGUCCUCGGCACAGGAUACAGACCGCCCGGCGAGAACAUGGCCGAGCCGUCGUCGCAGUCCAACAUGACCAUCAAGGGCCGCGGUGGACAGCUCAUCUCGGAGAAGUGGCUCACCAAGGGCCCGAGCACGCUGCACGGCGUCCUCACCAACGGCUUCCCGAACCUCUUCCUCACGGGCCCGAUGCAGAUGGGCGCGUCGUCCAACUUUGCCUACGUGACGGACAUCGCGGCGCAGCACUCGGCGUACAUCUUGGGCGAGGCGAUGAGGCGGGCCGGCAAGAGUACGGACAAGGUGGUGAUUGAGAGCACGGUGGACGGCGAGGAAGGCUACGCUGCGAAGAUCAUGAUGCACGCGGCGUGGUUCGCUGGAAUCGCGACCUGCACGCCGUCGUACAUCACCAACGAGGGUGAGCAGACCAAGCCGGAGGACCAGAUGAAAAAGAUGAGGGGCGCGCCGUUCCCCACGGGCAUGAACAACUAUACCAAGUUCCUGGAGGAGUGGCGUGCUGAAGGGUCGCUGAAGGGAGUUGAUAUCACUGCAUAG